CGCACGAGCUGAUCCAUAGCAAGAGAGACGAACAGAGGCGCGUGCCGCUCAGCCCACUCCAGAAAAAAACACUCCGACAACUUCACGCGCUACAGCCACAGGUCCUCACGCGCUCCUCUCCUCAGAUAAACCAGAAACCUGUUCAGACAUGGACUCCGUCUACUCCGACAUCGACAGCAACAGCUGCGACUUCUUCCCGCACUCUGACGACGAGGAGUCCCGCAGCAGCUCAGCCUCCCCGGGCUCCUCCAGCUGUGCAGCAGGCUCCCCGCAGCCCGAGCAGCCGCAGAAGAAGAGGCGCCGCGGCCGCCGCAGCGACGGCACCGUGCAGGUGGUGAAGAAGAACCGGCGCAUGAAGGCCAACGACCGGGAGAGAAACCGCAUGCACAACCUGAACGACGCGCUGGAGGAGCUGCGCGGCGUGCUGCCCGCUUUCCCGGACGAGACCAAACUCACCAAGAUCGAGACUCUACGCUUUGCGCACAACUACAUCUGGGCUCUGUCAGAGACCAUCCGGAUCGCCGACCUGCAAGGUGGAAAGACCGGGGACGCCCCUCUGCUGCUCACCUCCGCGUGCCUCUCCGACGCCUCGAGCCCAGGUAGCUCCUGGAGCUCCAGCGGCUCCUCCUCCUCCUCCUCCUCCUCCUCGCCGCCUUACUGCGCCUCCAGCCCGGGCAGCCCCUCAGCCCCGGAGGACUACAGCUACCUGCAGCAGGACGCGCUGUUCGGAUUCCGUAGCUUCGUCACGGGCAUCUACUGAGGGACAGAUCCCCCAGUGGAGCCCGGGGGGCUCAACAGGAGUCCCGAGGACUCACAGACAGACAAAUGUAGGGACAGAGGGACAGUCCUGUGCUGGAAUAAGAAUCACUGUUUGCCUUAUGAGCUCGUUAUCUGACGUGACUCUGACCGACUGAAAUGAGAAUAACUUAAUUUUUUUAUUUAGUUGUAUUUUAUUUUAUAUGUUUCUCCUAAAACCUUUGCACUUCCCCCCUCCCACACACACACACACACUCAGAAACAACUAAACACAAUCUGCAGGUUACAGUCAGAUCUAUCUUUAUUGUGUGUCUGAGGUGAAAAGUCAAUUUUACAAUUAGCAGCGAGCUGCAGCAGAACAGAGAGCGUGCAAAUCGAGUUUCACUCUGUGACAAAGACUGAAUGGAGCUGCCCUCAUCCAUUAUGUAUUCACCCCCCUGCACCCACCAACCCCCCUUUAGAUUAUUGUUGUUUUUAUUUAUUUGACUCUGUUGUU